AAUCUUGGCCUCCAAGUUAAUGUGUUCAACAAGAAAAAGGAAAAAAAUCAAGUCAAAAUUAGUCUAACACGUGCUUAAGAGAACUUUUUCUUAUUCCCACUCACAUUAAAGUCGGAAUUGCAUGCCUUGACAUUAAAGUAAAAUCAAAUUGUUUUGCCGUUUUCUGAUCACAAAGUUGCAGCAAUGGAGAAAUCGAGCCCAACGCUUGAGAGCAAAAAGAGGAAUACGGCCGGUGAAGACGAAGACGAAGAUGUUAAGUUGAAGGGAAAGCAUACUGAACAAAUUGAAAAUUUAAGGGAAGUUUCAAGGCAGGAGUAUUUGAAGAAUAGGGAGAAGAAGAAAUUAAAGCAACUCAGAGAUGAUAUAGAAGAUGGGCAAUUUUUGUUUGAGAAAAUCGAAAAAUUGAGCGAACCAGAAAGACAUGAACAUUUAUACAAGCAAAAAAUUGUUGAAUUGGUUAGUAAGGAGCAGCAAUGCAAAGACGCCGGUGAGGAACAAGAGAUUCAUCCACAACAAGCUUGGGAGGAAAAUCAAAUCAACAAUGCGAAACUUAAUUUUGGAUCUAGAGACAGAAAACAGAAGGAUUAUCAAUUUGUGUUUGAAGAUCAAAUUGAAUUCAUCAAAUCAACUAUAAUUGAUUCAGAUUCAGAUGUUGAUGUUGAUAAUGAGAAGCUCCAAUGUACCAGAAAUUCGAAACUUAACGAGGAUAGGAAAGCUUUACCUAUUUAUCCAUACAAGGAUGCUUUGCUCCAAGCUGUUCAUGAUCAUCAAGUUCUUAUUAUAGUUGGAGAAACGGGCUCCGGGAAGACAACUCAAAUACCUCAAUAUCUACAUGAAGCAGGUUAUACUAGAAGCGGUGGGAAGAUGAUUGGUUGUACUCAGCCUCGAAGAGUUGCAGCAAUGAGAGUUGCUGCGCGUGUUUCACAUGAAAUGGGGGUUAAACUUGGUCAUGAGGUUGGUUAUUCUAUUCGUUUCGAGGAUUGUACUUGUGAGAAAACUGUUCUCAAGUAUAUGACUGACGGAAUGUUGCUAAGAGAGUUCCUUACAGAGCCUGAUUUAGCAAGCUAUAGUGUUAUAAUGAUAGACGAGGCUCACGAAAGAACAUUGUCAACGGAUAUCCUGUUUGGGUUGAUAAAAGACGUAGCUAGUGCUCGACCACAUCUCAAGUUACUUAUAUCUAGCGCCACCCUUGAUGCAGAGAAGUUCAGUGAUUAUUUUGACCGUGCUCCGAUUUUUAAAAUACCUGGAAGGCGAUUUACGGUUGAGAUACAUCAUUUAAAAGCACCAAUAUCUGAUUACUUAGAUGCAGCAGUAGUUACUUCACUUCAGAUUCAUGCAACUCAACCACAGGGUGAUGGUGAUAUAUUAAUCUUUUUGACGGGGCAGGAGGAGAUUGAAACAGCUGAGAAUAUUAUUAAUCGCCGAAUAAGAGCUUUGGGAACAAAAAUGGCUGAGUUGAUAACCUGUGCCAUAUAUGCAAACUUACCAACUGAACUACAAGCCAAGAUAUUUGAGCCUACUCCUGAAGGGGCUCGUAAAGUUGUCCUGGCUACAAAUAUAGCUGAGACAUCGUUGACGAUUGAUGGGAUCAAGUAUGUUAUUGAUACAGGGUUUUGUAAGAUCAAUAGUUACAACCCUCGAACAGGAACUGAGUCAUUGAUGGUGGCUCCUAUCUCGAAGGCAUCUGCCAACCAACGUGCUGGUCGAUCAGGACGAAUAGGUCCUGGAAAGUGCUUCCGGUUAUACACUGAACAUAGCUACAUGAAUGAUUUGGAAGAUAACACAAUCCCAGAAAUACAAAGGACUAACCUCACAAAUGUCGUGCUCUUACUCAAGAGCUUAGGGAUUACCGACUUGCUGAACUUUGACUUCAUGGAUCCUCCACCAGCUGAAGCUCUACUUAAAGCCCUAGAACUGUUAUUUGCACUUGGUUCCCUUGAUAAGGAUGGUAAGUUAACCAAAGUAGGUGAAAGAAUGUCCGAGUUUCCUCUGGAUCCGAUGCUGUCCAAGAUGAUAGUUGCCUCUGAUAAGUACAAGUGCUCAGCUGAGAUAAUAAGUAUUGCUGCAAUGCUUUCUGUCGGGAACUCAAUCUUUUAUCGCCCAAAGGAUAGACAAGUCCAAGCUGACAAUGCGUGGAUGAACUUUCACGUUGGCAAUGUUGGAGAUCAUAUUGCUUUGCUUAAGGUUUACAAUUCCUGGAAGGAAACAAAAUUUUCAAGUCAGUGGUGCUAUGAGAAUUACAUCCAGGUCAGAAGCAUGAAAAAAGCUAGAGAUAUCCGAGAUCAGUUAGAAGGUCGGCUUGAAAGGGUUGGAAUUGAUUUGACUUCAAAUGUUAAUGACUUGAAAGCUAUUAAGAAGUCUAUAAUAUCAGGAUUUUUUCCCCAUUCAGCAAGGCUACAGAAGAAUGGGUCUUAUCGAACUGUUAAGCAUCCCCAGACAGGUCACGUUCAUCCCAGCUCGGGUUUAUCGCAGGUACUUCCUAGAUGGGUUGUCUACCAUGAGCUGGUCCUGACAACUAAGGAGUACAUGCGGCAGGCGAAGUACCAGAGAUAUCUUUGGUGUAGACCGUGUUCCAAAAGCUGCGGGUGGUACUGGAUUAUAUCUGAAAAUGGAGUUGGUAGACUAUUUAGUGGAAGAACUCAGAAAUGUUGCUAUUUGAUUAAAGAAGAGGACACUUAUUCAAGUACAGUUGUAACUAAAACUGAAUCUCAUGAAUGGUGGAUGAUAAGUAUCUCCUUUACUCAUAAGGAACAGCACUCGGCUGAUAACGUAUCUCGUGUUGCUUACUGAAGCUUAAUCUUUUACUGUAAUUACAACUUCCAAAGGGAUGACAGAGUAUCCACAUUAUCUCGCCAUUCACGGUUCAUGCCGGUGUUGCAAAACUAAUAAAAAUAGGCAGAGGUGGAAUGAUCCAUGGCUCAUGAAAUCCCUUUGUGGAACAUUCUACCAUCUUUUAGUUUCUUAUCCACGAGAUAAUUCCAAGGAGCGUGGGAUGAUAUACUGAUCAUGAAGUGACUUUGUGGAACUCGGGGUUUUUGACUACUUCCAAGAUCGAGUUCACGAGGACCUUUCAUGGCUCAUGGAAUGAUCCACAACUCACGAACUCUCUCAUGAAACUCAGACAUUGUGUUGUCUCUUUAAUCCUAUUUCACGGACAUAAUCCAUGGCUAGUGGAUGCUUGUCGUGGAACCUACUACUAAAAUUUUAGGUUGGUUUUUAUGCCCAGUGUGCGUGAUAGAAUGUAUGCCUCCACUAAAAGUCAAUGAACUAUGCCCCUUAACAGAAUUAUGAUGCAGAAAGUAAACAACUGAAAGUAAAACACAUACAAGAGUUUUAUGUGGAAACUCCCUUGCUCAAGGGAGGAAAAAGCCACGACUUGUCCUCACAAGAUUUUCAACCCAACUCCAUUUCACUCAAAAACGGAGCAAUGAUAUAGAUCUGCUCUUGUAACCUAGGAAUUAAACUCUUAAUCCCUUCUCCUUACUAUAACAAAUCUACUACCAGCAAAAACUAAGCAAUAACUCCGUUGCCUACUAAAUCAACUAACUCUAGUGGAUCUAGACUUCAAGAGCUCAACAAGGCUAACUUUAGCCACCAACUCAGAUCUCAAGGAUCGUAGAUUAAACAAGCUACAACUCUACUGCACUAAGAAACAACUAUGUUGUCCACUACACCAAUUAACUCCAGCUAAUCUAGACUUUAACAACUCGACAUAGCUAACUCAAGCUAAAAUCGGAAUACUCAACAAAUGAUCCAAUUACUUUUUAACUUAGGAUAGGUCUGACAACAUUAAGCAUCGAAAUCUAAACCCUAACAACUAAGAACAAUAAUAACUCUAUCAUGUUCUUUGUUGUUCCUUGAUAAAAUAUUUCCUUGAGAGAAUGACUUUUUUUUGUGAAAGAUCUGAUUUCAAAAAGCUUGUUUUUGAUAAUGGAGAAUAUACAUAAU